AGGUUUAAAUGUUUAAUUGGCUACUUGGCAACUGAUCAAAGAACACAGAAUGAAUAACUCCACAAACUCCUCUAGCAAUGGUGUGGCUCUCACCAGCCCUUAUAAGACCUUUGAAGUGGUUUUUAUUGUACUGGUGGCUGGAUCCCUGAGCUUGGUGACUAUUAUUGGGAACAUCCUGGUCAUGGUCUCCAUUAAAGUCAAUCGUCACCUUCAGACCGUCAACAAUUACUUCUUGUUCAGCUUGGCCUGUGCUGACCUCAUCAUAGGUGUUUUCUCCAUGAACUUGUAUACCCUCUACACUGUGAUUGGCUACUGGCCUUUGGGACCUGUGGUGUGUGACCUCUGGCUAGCCCUGGACUAUGUGGUCAGCAAUGCUUCAGUGAUGAAUCUGCUCAUCAUCAGCUUUGACAGAUACUUCUGCGUCACCAAGCCUCUGACCUACCCUGUCAAGCGGACCACCAAAAUGGCGGGCAUGAUGAUUGCCGCUGCCUGGGUCCUCUCCUUCAUCCUCUGGGCCCCAGCCAUUCUCUUCUGGCAGUUCAUCGUAGGGGUGAGAACUGUAGAGGAUGGUGAAUGCUACAUUCAAUUUUUCUCCAAUGCCGCCGUCACCUUUGGCACGGCCAUCGCAGCUUUCUAUUUGCCAGUGAUCAUUAUGGCUGUGCUAUACUGGCACAUCUCCCGAGCCAGCAAGAGCAGGAUAAAGAAGGACAAGAAGGAACCUGCGGCCAGCCAAGAUCCAGUUUCUCCAAGUCUGGUGCAAGGGAGGAUAGUGAAACCAAACAACAACAACAUGCCUAGCAGUGAUGAUGGCCUAGAGCACAACAAAAUCCAGAAUGGCAAAGCCCCCAGAGAUGCCGUGAUGGAAAACUGUGUCCAGGGAGAGGAAAAGGAGAGCUCCAAUGAUUCUACCUCUGUCAGUGCUGUCGCCUCAAACAUGAGAGAUGAUGAAAUAACCCAGGAUGAAAAUACAAUCUCCACUUCCCUGGGCCUUUCCAAAGAAGAGAACUCUAAGCAAACGUGCAUCAAAACUGGCACCAAGACCCACAAAGGGGAUUCGUGUAAUGCCACUAAUGCCACCGUGGAACUAGUUGCUUCUGCCGGUCAGAAUGGGGAUGAAAAGCAGAACAUAGUAGCCCGCAAAAUCGUGAAGAUAACAAAGCAGCCUGCCAAGAAGAAGCCUCCUCCUUCUCGGGAAAAGAAAGUGACUAGGACAAUCUUGGCCAUUCUGUUGGCUUUCAUCAUCACCUGGGCCCCAUACAAUGUCAUGGUGCUCAUUAACACCUUCUGUGCACCCUGCAUCCCAAACACCGUGUGGACAAUUGGCUAUUGGCUCUGUUACAUCAACAGCACCAUCAACCCUGCCUGCUAUGCGCUUUGUAAUGCCACCUUCAAGAAGACCUUCAAACACCUUCUCAUGUGUCAUUACAAGAACAUAGGAGCCACGAGGUAAACCCUAUUUGAAAUGAAGGAAGAUAGGUCAAGGGGACUUGUGGAGAAUGAAGGAAUACAACAGCUCCUGGUUUUAAAAUAUCUGCCAUUGUACUUCAUAGUAUUAUGAUGGUACGCAAUUAAGGAGCCCAAUAAUGACAUCUUAUCACGCUUCAGCUCCAGAAAUGAGCACCUUAUGAACCUUGUCAUUUUAGGAACAAUGAGAGAAUGAAAGAGACACAUUGGAUUGUAGAUUUAAGGAACAAUCUAUACUUUCUUGUAGUCUCCUGAAGAAGGGCUUCUGAAUCUACAAUUUUUUCUGUCUCUGCACGUAGGAUUAUCCUUUUUUUUUCUUUCUUUCUUUCUUUGUAUGUACCC